GCCAGCUGACCGGAAAUGACCAGAAGAAGAUAACGUCAUCAACAUUGUAGUCACGUGAAAUCAAUCGUUUCUGAGUUGUAUUUUAAAAUUUGCUCUUUUGUGCACAAAACGUGCACCAGACAAUCAUAAACUAUAAAAUAUGGAUGAAGAUGGUCUACCAAUAGUUGGCUCUGGUGUUGAUCUAACAAAGGUUCCUGCUAUUCAACAAAGAAGAACCAUUGCCUUUCUCAAUCAGUUUAUUGUACACACAGUUCGGUUAAACCGCUUUUCUACGGUCUGUGAGGAGAAACUCGCCAACAUAUCUCUUCGCGUACAGCAGAUAGAAACAACGUUAUGCAUUUUGGAGGCUAAGCUGUCCUCUAUUCCUGGACUUGAGGAUGUAACAGUAGAUGAAAUCGGUCUGCGACAAAACACAAAAAUAAAUGGUCUUCCUGCCAAUCACAUGCAGACAGAAAAUGUGGAAAGUGUAACACCUACAGAGGCUGUUCAGAAUGAACCCGAUCCACCAACUGCACAUAAAGUGGAGGAGACUAUACCUGAAAAUGUAAUAACUGUUGCUAAGGAUCCACAAUAUGCUCGGUAUCUUAAGAUGGUUCAAGUGGGUGUUCCUGUAAUGGCUAUUAAAAACAAAAUGGUCUUAGAGGGGUUAGAUCCCAAUCUUCUUGAUACGCCAAAUGCUCCUUUGCUUGGUGGAGCUUCUGGGAGCAUUGAUGAUCAAGAUGUCAAUAGUUCAGAUAGUGAAUCCUCCUUUAGUGACUAACUACAAUGAUGGUGUGUGUCACAUCAACUAACAAAAAUUAAUGCAGAUUGUACAAAGGAAAUUACUGUCAAGAAGUGUUUUUGUACAGUCAGGUGAAAGUCAGCCUCCCCUACAUUUUGUGUGUAUUUGACAAUUCAUGCAUCUAAGACUUUUAUUUAUAUAUUUCUUUCCUGGAUAAGGAUUACAGGGGCCAGGGAGCUCCAGCAAGCUAUGAAUAUUUGUAUUUAAUAAGAUAAAAAUAAAAUCAAAUAGAAUAUUGACCAAUACAAGGAAA